UCUCUCCUUCUCCUCAUUCUAUUGGUGGCUCCCGCCUGCAUCUGCUGGUUCAGCUCUGACUCCUUGCACACACAUUUACACACAUACACACACACACACACACACACACACACAACACUUGUAUGCACACACUCACACACACAUGCACUCAAACACUUCCACGCUCCCCUCUCUCUCACACACACUCUUACACAUACACUACCAGGGGGAUUCCUCCGCCACUGCAGCCUCUGCUCGCUCCACCUGGCUCCUGUCUUCAGCUGUAGCGGGAAAGCACGAUCCAAAAUGACUUGUGCUAAAUGGCCACUGGUUGGAGCUUAGUGCUGAUCCAUCGAAGAGCACUAUGAGUAGAUGACAACAAGCAGUCUUUAAUCCAGACAGGAUUCCUCUUCGUGCUAAGAGUCUGCUAACCGCGUGUAAGGACCACUGGGAGUACAAGAAUCAAGUCAAGGACACGUUCACUCCCCCUCAGCCUGCAGGAAGAUGGGAGUGAGAAAAUAAAGCUCUGCGGAGUCGAGAGGAGUUUAAUGAAUUCCAAGGAAUCUUAAAAACAAACUGUGCAUUUGUGUGUGAGUCUGUGUGAGAGGAUCGAGCAACCAUGUGGACAUUACCUACGACUGUCCACAGUCUCCUGGCUGCUGCAUUGCUAUUAGGUAGCUGCCUUCAGUCACUGAUGGCCACUGAGGAUGAUGUCACACCGCGCAUCAGUUUCCCUUACAAUGCAAAGGAGAGGUCGGCCAAGAGGUUCUCUGUAGAUGGCGUCUUCAAUUACACCUCUUUACUGCUCAGCCAGGAGGAUGACAUGCUCUAUGUCGGAGCUAGGGAGGCUCUGUUCGCCCUUAGCCUCUCGGAUAUCAGCAAGACCAAGCUGCAGAAGAACCUGACAUGGGGCACUCCUGCUGGAAAAAGAGAGGAAUGCAGCUUCAAAGGCAAGAACCUGGAGACUGAUUGUUUCAAUUACAUCAAAAUUCUCCUGCGGCUGAACAGCACUCAUCUCUAUGUGUGUGGUACCUACGCCUUCAGUCCCAUUUGCGCCUACAUAAACACAUCAACGUUCACACUGGAGAGAGAUGAAGUGGGCGAGGUCGUGAUGGAGGAUGGGCGCAGUCGCUGCCCCUUUAAUCCAGAGUACAAAUCCACUGCCAUCAUUGUUGAUGGUGAAUUGUACACUGGUACUGUCAGCAACUUCCAAGGGAAUGAACCAGUCAUUUACAAGAGUUUGGGUCAGGGAACUGCUCUGAAGACAGAAAACUCUUUAAAAUGGCUGCAAGAUCCCGUCUUUGUCGGGUCGGCUUACAUCGAGGAGAGUCAGCCAAUAGGUAACCCGGUGGGCGACGAUGACAAGAUUUACUUCUUCUUCAGUGAGGCGGGGAAAGAAUUUGACUUCUUUGACAACACCAUUGUGUCGAGGAUUGCUCGCGUGUGUAAGGGUGAUAAAGGCGGUGAGCGGGUGCUACAGAAGAAAUGGACCACCUUCCUGAAGGCCCAGCUCUUGUGUUCCCUCCCUGAUGACGGCUUCCCCUUCAACAUCAUCCAGGACAUGUUUGUCCUGAAGCCCAUGGGAGACAGCUGGGAGAGCACAGUCUUCUACGGCGUCUUCACCUCCCAGUGGUAUAAAGGAGCAUCAGGCAGCUCAGCAGUGUGCGCUUUCAGCAUGGCACAGGUGGAAAGAGCCUUCAGCGGGCGCUACCGAGAGGUCAACAGGGAGACGCAGCAGUGGUACACCUACAACCACCCAGUGCCAGAGCCACGGCCCGGGGCGUGCGUGACCAACCACGCCAGGCAAAUGGGUAUCCAGUCGUCCUUGCACAUGCCUGAUAAAGUGCUCAACUUUGUCAAGGACCAUUUCCUGAUGGACAGCGUGAUCCGCAGUGCUCCCCUGCUGCUGAAACGCAGUGUGCGCUACACACAGAUCGCCGUGCACAAAAUCCAAGGCAUGGAGAGAGCCUACGACGUGCUUUUCAUUGGAACAGAUGAUGGAAAGCUCCAUAAGGCCAUCAAUGCCAACGAUAAGAUGCACAUCAUAGAGGAGAUGAUUCUGUUUCCUGAGCCUCAGCCUGUGCAACACAUCGAACUCGAUCCCCAAAGGGGUUUGUUGUUUGUGUCGUCCAACUCCGGGCUGGUGGAGGUUCCUGUGGCUAACUGCUCCAACUACCUGAGCUGUGGAGAAUGUGUGUUGUCCAGAGACCCCUACUGCGCCUGGACGGGGCGGCUGUGUCGGGACGUCAGGAUGGCUCCACCUGACAGUCAUUGGCAGCAGGACGUGGAGGAAGCCGAUACGUCGGCUAUUUGUAACAGGACGUUUCCCACUACCAGAUCUUUCAGACCAGCUGCUUCUCGUGGUUCCCAUUGCCAGCUCAUUACAAUCCCAGCCAACACAUUCAGGGUGCUGCCCUGUAAGCUGCGCUCCAACCUGGCACAAAGGAGGUGGCGUUACAGUGACAGCGCCAGCCAGUUCCUCUACGCUACCCCUGAGGGAAACCUGGUGGUUGUGGCUCAUGCUGACAGGAUUGAGACCUACGAGUGCUGGUCAGAGGAGGAGGGUUUCCGCCAGCUGUUGGCCAACUACUGCGUGAGGGCGGAGCCCCGCCAGGAAAGCACCACUCUGAUUGGUCACUCACGCACACCGCACAUUGAGAAAGAGGAGACCAUCAUCCUCCCCGGCGAGUCUCGCUCUGAGCAGGUCCACACGAAGACGUACUGGAACGAACUGAUUGUGGUGUGCGCCCUGCUGGCGUUUUCCCUCGUGGUGUUCUCUUUGUUCGUCAUCUACAGGAACCGAGACCAUAUGAAGUCCAUGCUGAAGCAGGGUGAGUGUCCUAACAUGCAGCAGAAGAAGCCGAGGAUAGUGGGAAAACCUGCAGAGAGCUUACCCCUAAACGGUAACACCAUCCCCGUUUCCACUUCUGAUCACAAGGGCUACCAGACGUUAAAUGACAACUACAUCUGCAGCACGCCCACCCACGAGUCCUCGCCAGACAACAGCAAGAGCUUCUCCGAGUCCUCUGACAGGCGGCCACUUAACUUGAAGGAAAGCCACGUGGAAUACUCCCCGACCUGCCCUCGGCCCAGAGUGAGGCUAGGCUCGGAGAUCAAAGACUCUAUCGUAUGAAAGCACAGUAAUCGCUAAAAAGAUGGCACCCUGUAUCUCCAUGAAGGAUACAGGCCACCGAGCAAAGGAGAGGAGACCCCGGCAUCCUUCUACAUCACAGCACAUCUUUUAUUUUAGUCAUCUUUGUUCUGUGAUCAGUGCGGAGGUCAUUUUGUUUAACCAUUUCCACUCCGAAAGCCAGAGGUUGGUCCGGUUUGCUGCCUAUGGGCAGGAAGAGGAAGAGCAGCACGACAGUCCGGUUUCAACCAGGAUCACGAACUGUGGCAGCUGCUAAGAAAAGUUAUAACACAGCCUUUGUUUGAGUCAUUCUCAUGGCCACUCAUGUUUGUCAGCGUGGGCUGGGCAAUAUGAGGAAGAAAAUAACAAAAUAAAAAGAUCUUCUUCCGUUAUCAAUAUUUAUCACAGUAUCUCUUUAGGUAUGCAACUUUAAAUUUAAAUCUUUUUGAUCUCCAUCACAUGAUAUGAUAUAAUAGUAAUUUAAAAAAAACAGAUAUUGAUAUGUUUCCCAGUCCCAUUUGAGUCUAUGUAAACUUGCUCUGCAGAAGAUGGCUGUCACAGAGUCUACACUUCUGUUAUUAUGUACAUUACAACCAAGUUAAAGCUACAUGGUGACCAAGAGUUCAGGUUUGGAAGAAUCUAAUACAUGUAUUGCCUAUUCAUUAUGAUCCACACGUGAGUCAGAAGCACAUUUGUUCCCUUUUUGCUGAAUAAAUGUCAAGACUGUACGAGGAUGAAAAGGAUGAAAGACACACCACACCCUGGAGCUCUCUUAAGGAACAACAAUUAAAAGGACUGCAAGAAAGAUGAUCAGUAAAUGUGAUCAUAAAUCAUGCUCCUGGGCCUAAAUACUGACAUUUACCUCCUGAAUGUAUGUUGUUGUUCAAAGGUCUGUUUCAUUCACACAUCACUGCACCAUGGACAAUUUAGGCAACCCAUUGCUCUCUGCUCACCUGAUACAGCCCUAUUCUCCAGUAUUGAUCUGCAGGUACCGUGAUGGGCUCUUAAAUUGACACAGAUUUCCCAGACUCGAUGGUGUCAGUCAAAGCGGACAUUACAAACACAGAGAGCCGGGACAAAAAGGGCGACGUCCACACCUCUUAUCAUCUUCAGGGCGGCGCUGGAGUCAUCACCUGCACUGUGCCAAAUAACAAAAAUAACUUGAUUGUCUUCUCUAAAUGCAAUAGUGCCAUUCUGUUAUGACCACUCCCAUGCAUUGUGUUAGCAUCGAUCACUGUCAAAGAGCACAUGGUGUUGGAACCAGAGUCGGGUUCACAAAAGGUUAAAAAGAGGCACUAAUAAUAAACAAAUGUGAAGUGUGAGGUUGGAAAUUUCUCUAAGACUGUUAGUUCACCAUGAACCUUUCAGAUUGUGUUGGGCAGAACAAUUGAUUUCACGUAAAAUCUGAACUGGGGCCAAAUGAAAAUGCAUGGAGGUUUCUUCAUGUGAAAAAAUUGUCUUGUGGUUGCGAGAAAAUUUUCAAGUUUUCCUUCAGCUACCCUUGAAGGAGUUAUAUGCCUUCUUAGCAUACACUGAAACAUACAGAUACAAUUAGUUUGGAGGCUAUUGAGCUUGACAAGCGCUAACAAUACAUUUUUUUUUAAUUGCUAAUAAACCCACUCAAAACGAAAAAGCCCUGGAACAACUAAUAACAGCUGUCACUGUGGUGAAGAGAUAGUGGGCUCUUGUCCAGACUGCAUCAGCACCAUGUAGUGAUGUAGUUGCACAGAACGCUGUAUUAGGUCAAUGUAACCUCCCCCACCAGGUUACAUGUCUUACAUACGUGGCAUUCAUCACACUCAGUCAGAUGUCAAGGCGACACUAAUGUGAAAGCACAAGUAAUCAGGGUCUUGAAUACUCACAGGUUUGCACAUUUGUCAGUAAAAAUUGGAUUGAAUUCUAAGAAAUGCAACUACUGAGAGACAUAAGGUGUGGCUGCUAAGGAAAAUGAUUUUCAGAAAUCGGUUAUUUACAGGGACCAGUGCAGCCAUCACAAACCCUCUUGCACCCACAUCGCUUAGACGACUUUUGAGACUUAACAAAGCAGAAUUUUCCAAAGAUGUAGGAAGCCGAUUGUGUUGUGUAAAUCUGAAUGAGACACAUUUACACGGCCAUAGGGGACAGUAUGGCACCACAUGUCUUACAUCACCAGUUCACUGUAUUGAUCAAGUAAGCCUA